AUGCCUCUCACUGGGGUAAAUAAUGUUGUACUGGUCCUUUCCGGCAAAGGAGGUGUGGGAAAAUCCUCCGUCACCCUCCAGCUCGCCCUCGCGCUUUCGCUCCAAGGCAAAUCUGUCGGAAUCCUUGAUAUCGACCUUACGGGACCCUCAAUGCCACGCCUAGUCGGACUCGAAGAUGCAAAGAUCACACAAGCGCCAGGCGGAUGGAUGCCAGUACCAGUCCACGGGGCUGAAUCUGUAGCUGAAGCCGACGCCUCAGCGCCCUCAACACAACUCCAACGCGGUUCCCUCCGCUGCAUGUCCCUUGGCUUCCUUCUCCGCGAUCGUGGAGACGCCGUAAUCUGGCGUGGUCCGAAGAAAACGGCUAUGAUCCGCCAAUUCCUCUCGGAUGUCUUCUGGGGCCCGACAGAUUAUCUUCUCAUCGAUACGCCCCCCGGAACGAGUGACGAGCACAUUGCGCUGGCUGAGCAGCUUCUCACCCUCUCCACCACAGACGCUGCGGCAGCUGCGCAGGUAGGAUUACCUCGACUUGCUGGUGCAGUCCUUGUUACGACGCCGCAGGCUGUGGCGACCUCGGACGUCCGCAAAGAGGCGAACUUCUGCGUUAAGACUAAUAUUCCUGUGCUUGGGGUUAUCGAGAAUAUGUCUGGGUAUUCUUGCCCCUGCUGUGGGGAGGUUAGUAAUCUAUUCUCCAGUGGAGGAGGACAGGUGAUGGCCCAGGAAUUAAGUCUCCCAUUUAUGGGUAGCGUGCCUAUUGAUGUGAAAUUCGGAGAAUUGGUUGAAGGAAAGAUGGAGGCUGAGGAUAGUGACGAGGAGGAUGACGAGAGUCCACAGAGUCAGCCACAAGAUACUCCCGCUGAGCCCGAUGAUCGGCCGCUUGUCGAACGAUACCGGGACACCUGGUCUUAUCCUCGAUUUGAGAGAUUUGCGAAGACUCUUAUAAGCGGCAUUGAGGGCCCGACAGCCGUAUAG